AUGGGUUUUAGUUCCGACGAGUACUGGUAUGUUUGCUUAAGCAUACCUCCUUACUCAACUCCACGCUGGUUCAUCCUCCGCCGCCGUACUCGUGGAGAUGAUGACACCAACAAGUCUGUGAGUCGUAGGCUAAGACCGAUCCCAUCCUACCCUUAUCAGCCUCCGGAAUCAUCCUCUUUCGUGGUGCUGGAUUAUGGGAUCUAUGUAAUCGGUGGAAUCAUACACGGAAACCCCACUUCUGAUGUCUUGCUCCUCAAUUGUCUCUCUCACUCGUGGCGCCGCAUCCGGUCCAUGAGAGUAGCUCGCGCUUCCCCAGCGGCGAACGUGGUAGACGGUAAGAUUUACGUGUUCGGAGGCUGCGAGGAAGUUGAUUCCUCCAAAUGGGCAGAGGUUUUUGAUCCAAAGACUCAAACUUGGGACACUUUGCCGUUACCUGAGGAUCCGGAGAUACUCAGGAACACAAGUAGGAUGGACAAAAGUGUGGUCAUGGAAGACAAAGUUUAUGCGGUGGACGAGGAUGACCAAACCAUCUAUUACCUGCCGCGUGAAGGUAUAUGGAGAAGAGGUAAUCGGGAUUCGAAGCGGGGAAACAGAAGAGACUGGUGUGCCCUAGGGGGGCUCUUGUACUGUACAGGUACUCGCGGGAGUUUAAUGUGGUGUGAGCCAGAUGAGUUGGAUUGGAAGAAGGUAAUGGGUUUGGAUGUUUAUCACUGGUGUAAAUUUGGUUUAAAUGGCAAAUUGUGUGUUGAGAACGUUAAUACCGCGUGGAAGCUUUACUGGACCGAUUUUGGUUUCAGCAGAGUGACCAGCAACUCUCGUGGGAACAUUGUGGUCUUCUGGAAGGUGUAUCUCCCUAGAAUCGAGGAGAAGAGAUUUCCUAGUCAUCACAAGUUUCUUAUCACUGGUACUAAGAGGUUGGAGCUUUGGUGCGCUGAGAUUUCCUUAAAGAGAAACCCUGAAGGCGAGGUUUGGGGGACAAUUGAGUGGGCCCAUCUUGUCUCCAAACUUGAUCCUCACUCAUACACCGUUAAGGUUUUGUGUUCUGUUUCUCUCAAUAUCUGA